AUGUGGGCAAGGCACUUACUGAGGAGGACAGCCUGCCUCUUAGGGCUGCCUCGUGGACUUCACCAUCGUCCGGUCCUGAGAUACAUCACCGUUGCCCCGGUGAACAGCUCUCUGUUGCAGGAUCCUGGUCAGAGAUCUUCUUGGUGUCGCCUCCAUGCAGGAUCCAAACCUACAGCGCUGUUCAGUCCCUGCAGAACAUUAAAAAGAGAUGCGAAGUCUUCAAUAGACGUUCCUGUCCACCCCAUUACAGUGACGGACAUUAAGCAGUACCUGCGGUCUAAGGGAAUUUCCUUUCACGAUGGUUAUAGCUGUUUACAUGCAAGCAGUAUUUUUGUAGAGCCAAAAUCACAAUCACAGGAAGGAGCUGGGAAAGACAGCUAUACAAUGUUUAUUGACAAAAUGACUGGACAGUUUCUCUGUAAAGAGACUCUAGUAGAAGGAAGCUGGGAAGACCUGCAGGACUGUCUAGAGGUGAUUCAAAAAGAGGGACAAGCUUCAAUUAACCCGGAGGUUUUGUUGAGCUACUCCGAGAGCGUGGAGGAACAGGGGCAGAGGGAGAUGGAACUGAAGGAGGUUCACAGGAUUUGGAGCAGCUCCGUGGCAUUCUCAGAUCUCUUCGAUGAGGAAUUGCAGCUCAUCAAAACUAUGUUCCAGAUCACUAAGCUUAACAACACAACUCUGAAGAAGUUUGGAGUGAGAUUCUUUAAGCCGACUAAAAGUCUUGUUUUUCCCUGGUUUAGUGGAAGAGACUUGAGCCUGCGUGGCAUAAAACUGUUAUCUGCUGCUACUAAAGAUAAUGGCCAAGUGAUGUAUACAGAAGCUAGUAUUCCUAAAUUAUCCAAUUACUACAACCUUUUUGGCCUUCCAUUGGUAGGACGGAAGGAAACAGAGAUGGUCCUCACGGGAAGUGAGAUCGACAGUAUGGCAGUGAGUCAGGCCACUGGCCUGCCUGCUUUGGCCCUGCCACGUGGAGUCAGUUGUCUGCCACCGGUACUUCUUCCUUACCUUGAACAAUUCAGGAAGAUCACACUGUGGUUGGGUGGGGAUAUGCGGGCUUGGGAGGCUUCAAAGAUCUUCUCAAAGAAACUAGGAUUGAAGCGCUGUUCUCUUGUGCGGCCAGGCGACUUUCAUCCAUGUCCUAAUUCGGCUCUGGUGCAAGGCAGGAACCUUGCACGUAUAGUUAAGGCUUCCAUUCCUGCUGCCCACAAGUCUAUUGUGUCCUUCAAGCAGCUCAGGGACGAUGUUUUUGGAGAGCUAGCUAACGUUGAGCAGGUGGCAGGUAUAAAAUGGGCCCGGUUUCCUGAGCUCAAUCGAAUCUUAAAAGGCCAUCGGACAGGCGAGCUAACAGUGUUCACAGGUCCCACUGGCAGUGGGAAGACCACCUUCAUCAGUGAAUACGCUCUUGAUUUGUGUAUGCAAGGUGUGAACACAUUGUGGGGCAGCUUUGAGAUUAAGAACGUACGUUUGGCAAAAAUCAUCCUGACCCAGUUCGCUAUGCAGAGACUGGAGGAAAACUUGGAGCAGUACGACUACUGGGCUGAUAAGUUUGAGGAACUUCCACUUUACUUUAUGACCUUCCAUGGACAACAGAAUCUUAAAACAGUGCUCGACACCAUGCAGCAUGCUGUUUACCUCUACGACAUCAGUCAUGUGAUCAUCGACAACUUACAGUUUAUGAUGGGGCAGGAGAACCUGUCUGUGGACAAGUUUGCAGUGCAGGACAACAUUAUUGCAGCUUUCAGAAAGUUUGCAACAAACAGUAGCUGUCAUGUGACCAUAAUUAUUCAUCCUAGAAAAGAGGAAGAUGACAAAGAUCUUCAGACAGCAUCCAUUUUUGGCACAGCUAAGGCCAGUCAGGAGGCUGAUAACGUGCUUAUCCUUCAGGAGAAAAAGCUUGUUACCUGUCCUGGACGCAGAUCCCUACAGGUGGCCAAGAAUCGCUUCGAUGGGGAUGUGGGGAUUUUCCCUCUGGAGUUCAACAAGUCUUCACUUACCUUCUCUGCCCCAGUCAAGAGCAAGCAGAAACUGCGUAAGGUCAAAGGAGACAAGACUGAAAACUCAGAGACUGAGGUCAAGGAGAGAAAUGAGAAAGACGCAAAGCCUGCAAAAGAGCCUAAAACUCCAAAGGUGCUGAAAGAGCCAUUAACCAGAAAGAUUGAAACUACACAAGAAGGAAGACGCAAUAGUAAAGAGGAUGGUUAAAUAUUUAGAGAAAUUGAAUGUUGCAACUCAAGAAUUUUGCCAUUUGGUGUAACUACAGGACAUCAGGUAAAGUUUGCUUUUUUUUAUAUCGAAUAAGUAAAUUAUUAAGUAAGUGAAUUAUGCAUUAUCCUCAGCAUAGAUCACUGUUAAAAAUAAACAGUCAUGUUUGUUAUGAUCUAACUAUCAGAAAAGUAAAUAUUGAAACUGACAUUCUACAUGUGUAGAAUAUUAAUAUACGCUCUGUCCACUGUUAAUGUAGAUCAUCUCUGCUUUGUCAGUUUUGCCAAAUCAAAAAUGCAAUCUAAAUUAUUUCAAGAAUCAGGUAGAAAAUCUGAUCUGAUACCAGUCCAACAUUUCAUGUGUUUUAGUCAUUAAUUUAUACAAGUAUUAUAUCUGUGAUAAAACAUUCACAAAGGCACUGACCAUAUUUUUUUUUUAUUAAAUUCAUUUUAUUACAUAUGCAACUGAUAUUGAAAUAUUGUGUAUAGUUUUUUUUUUUAAAUAAAAUAUUUGUGUAUGGUAUUUUGAAUCAAUUUCUAUUUAAAUCCAGUUAUUUUCAAGCCGUGUGUGUGUGUGUGUGUGUGUGUGUGUGUGUGUGUGUGUGGUAAACCUCCUUUAAAUCAAUCUAACAACCAAACAAGCCUUUUUUUUUUUUUUUUUUAAAGAAUGCAUCCAUUUACAGCUUUCUGAGUUCCUCCUGAUCUUGUCGGCGUUUUAUUCAGGUGAAGCAAAUACUCUGACCUGCUGUGCAGAAUCUAAGGAGCACUGAAUCUCUCCAUUAAGGAUGCAAUCUAUUCCUUAAAGUUUUAGACACAAAUCCACCGGCUUUGCGUUUGUUUGACGUAUGUAACAGUUACGAAAUAACUAAAACCGUAUUAAAAAAGGAACCUACAAUCUUUU